AUGCAGCUCCCCCUCCUCCUCGCGUGCCUCCUCGUCUCCGCACGAGCCUCCAACUCCACCAAAGAUGCCUCCGAAGAACUUGAGGUCAACGACCAAAACAAAUCCAACUCGACCAAAGAAAUACUCAAAGCUUCAGAGUCAGGAGACCCGGCCAAAGCGGAAAUAGUCAAACAGAUACGACGACUGAAUGAAGAUGGAUCGUACACCAUUGGGUACGAAGCUGAUGAUGGAACGUUUAAGAUCGAAAGCCGUGAUGUUUUAGGAAAUGUUAAAGGGACAUUUGGUUAUGUGGACAGAGAUGGCGAAAUUAAACGUGUGACAUACUCAUCUUCCAGUGAAGGGACGCCAGUGCCUGUGACCUCUACGUCUACUACUCCGCUUCCACCGCCCAUGAUCAUCAGAAUGAAUAAGACCGUAUCGUCUUCAACCACCAGGCGACCACUAGGGACCGUGGUGUACCCUACGCGGGGCAGCGGGACCACUCGAGGAACAGUGAUCCAAUCAAUCGCUCCUCGACGACGCAACAUUACACGAACGACGACCACGGAAACCACGACUGAAAGAGAGAGACCUGAAGCAACCACCAGCAAUAUUUUGAAUCUCUACAAACCUAAAAUGGAUGACAUUGUGAUGAAACGUAAAAACGACAAGCAUGAUGAUGACCUCAUUACCAAACAAUCUUCUGUGGACCGUAGUGCUAAAACACCUCCCACUGUGAAGCCCGUAUAUGAACACUCCACUGAAAAGGAACCAGAAAACAAGCCUAAUACUUUCAGGAGAGAGUUGCCAGGAACAUCCAAUCACCAUAUGCUUCAUCUGCAACAGUCUGCUGGUGAUGACUCUACUGAUGUGUACGGAGGUCACCUGUCGAUGGGGACUGUGCGGCCGCUGUUCACCACCACUACCCCGAGACCGAGACUAGUGCCCUUCAACUCCAUCCUCGCGGCCAGGCAGAGACUCCAGCAGCAGUACCCUGACAUUCAACAGGAAGAGCAAGAAACUACUAUCGAAGCCAGCACUGGCCGCGUCUUUGACCAUGAAAACGUUGUUACCUCAAACCCCGUACCAGUCGUCUACAACCCACCCAACAAUCAACAGGACGACAGAAUCUACCAACAACCCAUUUACCGACGACCGACUGCAAUCCAUUUCCGAACGAACGAGUACUUGCGGGACAAUCCUGGCUCAGCUAUCCCGAUCGGCAACCAGCGGCCCUUUCUCCACUACGAGAACCAGCCGCAAGUACUGGAGCCACAAUACGUGAGACAAACAUCACCGCCGCCGCAAGCUAAAGAGAAUGUUCCAGAAGCCGCAACUGUAUCUCCCUACGAUGGAAGACAGCAGGUGACGAGGAUAAUACCCAUCGCUGUGGAUGAGCGAGGCGUCCCGCUCGCAGGGUAUCAGGGCAGAUUUGUGAACCCGUACCGGCCGGCGACGCAGCAGCCCGCGCCGCCCGUGCUGUUCCAGCCGCGCUACGUGGAGCCAGCAUACGACGACAUGAACUCGAUAUCUACCCCAGUGAGCACGAGGGAUCUGAAGCGGUUGCUGCAAAUUCUGAUUAUAAGGCAGAACCGUCUGCAAGCGUUGAUGGAUCAGAUUGUGACUCCGCCGGGGCCGCCGUACCACCCUCUUCCCAUGAUACGGCAGCAACAGUACGAGUACCAGCCGCGGCCGAGCCAGCAACAGGCGCGGUACCAGCCCGCGCAGUACCAGGACGACCCUCGCUACGACUACCGCUACGAACAACAACAGGAGAGGCAGCAGCAGCAAGACUACUACAACAACCAGGUCUACGACCCUCAAUACGAGAGCCAGAGGUUCGUGCCUCGGCGGCGGCUGUACACUCGCCCAGUGUACGACAACUCGGGCGCCUCGUCCAAUCAGAUCGAGGACACUCCAGAGUACCUGCCCCCGGACGUGAGGGAAGCUCUGCUGCUGAAGAUGCUGAUGCUGGCCAUCAGUCCGGACUUCAUGCCGUCACCGCCGCCCGCCACGGAGAUGACCACGGCUGCGCCGCGCAAGCAGGUCCGUAACAUACAGAUCCUCGGCGAAGAAGGGUCUAUGAUGCACGACAUGAAGAGGCCAGUACAUAGGAACUAAGGUACUUAUUUACUAUAGUUUUAUAUGCGUAGGAUAUAUGUUUAAUGAAAUACUCAAUAUGUAAAUAUGUAGGAUUUUUGUACGUUACUAAAUGAAGUGAUAUGUUUUUUUAAUAACUUUUUUCUUUUAUUUAUCCUUAGCC